AUCGACCAGAUGGCAGAAUAUCAAUGUAAUGUUUACAUGAUUCGGAAGCGGAAAGAGUUUCAUUUGUGUUUGGUUAAUCUUUGUUUCUGUUGUAAUUUAAGUGCAUCAUUUUAAUUUAGUUUUUGUUAGUAAUUAAUAAAAUAAUUUAUUAAAAUGGCAAAACGAACUAAGAAAGUAGGAGUAGUAGGUAAAUACGGUACCAGAUAUGGAGCCUCUCUCAGAAAGAUGGUCAAGAAAAUUGAAGUUACCCAACAUGCUAAAUACACAUGUACUUUUUGUGGAAAGGAAACCAUGAAAAGAUCUUGUGUUGGUAUUUGGUCUUGCCGUGGAUGUGGUAAAACAGUCGCUGGAGGUGCUUAUGUUUUCAGUACAACCACUGCUGCCACAGUUCGUGGUGCCGUUAGACGAUUAAGAGAAAUGAAGGAAUCUUAGAUCCAUUAUCUUGUCUUUGUAUAUCUACCAUUCAACUUAUUUGACACAAAAAAAUAAUUAAAACGUUUUCUGAGUUGA